AGAGAGAGAGAGAGAGAGCAAGCAAGAAAGAGAGAGAGAGAUUCUCUGUAAGUGAUCUGUUUCCAGUAAUAUUGUUGUAGUUUGGAGUGUUGAGUCGUGUUUGACAGUAGAUGCAGAAUGUCAGUGAACACACAGACGGUUUCUGGACUAAACUGAUGAAUCAAUAUGAAGGAGUUCCACUCAAACGGGUUAACCGGUGCCCAUUGGCACAACGGACCGGUGCAAGCAACCACUCUAGUUCUCUAACUUUACAUGUCCUACAACAUCCAGCAGAUAUCUACGAUCUCCCUCCUAAACGACGAGCCGGAGAUAACGUCUCACGGGUAAGAUUAACUGUUAGCAAAGAGAAGUCUUUCUCUCCUGGUGAAGCAUGGAGGCCUCCGGCACGGCGGCAUUCAACGUGUCUUUCAACGCGGUUCUCCAGUUACACUAUAACUACACGGGCAAACUGGAUCAGAACCGGUACUUAUAUGGACUCAAACCGGAAGACAUAUGCUUUCUCUUCGUCUGUCUCCUUAUUGUCGUGGAGAACUGCAUCGUUCUCAUGGCCAUCUGGAGGAACAAGAAGUUUCACAUGCCCAUGUACUAUCUGUUGGGGAACCUGACGCUGUCGGACCUGCUGGCCGGAUUCACCUACAUGUUGAACAUCGUGCUGUCGGGCCGCAACACGUUAACGCUGACGCCGCUGCUCUGGUUUCUGAGGGAAGGAGGCGCGUUCGUCACAUUGACGGCGUCCGUCAUCAGCCUGCUGGCCAUCGCCAUCGAGCGCUACGUCACCAUGCUCAACAUGAAGACUCACCAGCGCGCCAAGCGUAACCGCAUGUUGGGUCUAAUUGGGGCGAGCUGGGCGUUGUCGCUGUUGCUGGGCGUACUGCCGGUUAUGGGCUGGAACUGUUUAAAUCACCUGAGCUGGUGCUCGACCGUACUGCCGCUCUACGCCAAAAGCUACGUCUUCUUCUGCGUGUUUGUUUUCAUGGCGGUUCUCUUAGCCAUCAUCGCCCUAUACGGACGGAUCUUUCUCUUCGUGAAGUCCAACACGCAAAAUCCGGCCUGCAAACAGCGCAAAGGCUUCUCGCGCCGUUCGCAGAAGUACAUGGUGUUGCUGAAGACGGUCACUAUUGUGCUCGGUGUGUUCAUUUUGUGCUGGCUGCCCCUGUUUGUGCUCUUCUUGUUGGACUUUAUGUGUCCUGUAAGGGAGUGUCCUGUUCUCUUCAAGGCCGACUACUUCCUGGGUGUUGCCAUGAUGAAUUCCCUCAUAAACCCCAUCAUUUAUACAAUGACCAGCAGAGACAUACGGAGAGCCAUAGUGAAGCUGCUCUUCAAACCCUGCCUGAUAACCAAAGAUGGGCAGCUGAGGAAGAUCGCCAAAGUCCUCCCGCAAUGUAGCUUCACCAAGACGGACGUGAACCCUCGCGGGAUGGAAACCACGGUUUCUUCGGGCAAUUUCACCACCAUCAGAUCCGUCUACCCAAAGCUCAAGUUAUCAGUCGUGUCUUGAUCGUAUGGUUUGAUAUUCAGACGCUGGCCAAACCAACAAAUCAUGACAAAUCCAGUUGAAAAAGAAAAGCUCAAACCGCUGUGUUCACAAACUGUCAAGAAGCCUAAAGAUGAAAGUCGAUAUCACAUUGGUUUUUAACAAUAAUUGCACAUCAGAUCACCUAAACAUCUGUGAUAUCAAGACUGGGCCUUUGUGACAUUUGUUUAGUUUAAGAUGGUCUUCUGUACAUACUAAUGUGCGUGUGUGUGUGUGUGUGUGGGGGGGGGGGUAAAAGCUGAGAAAAUGAAAGAUAUUUAAAAGCCUGUUUGUCUCUGUGGUGCAAGUCAGGAAAAAAUAAUCAAACUCUUGUAAAUGUCACACACAGACCACCAGCAACGAUACACAAACACGCACACAACCUUUAAAGAUCAACAGAAUUUGUCACAAUUACAUUUCCAAAUGUGCAGAAAGAAAAUUCAUCAUCAUACCGCAUCAGUUUGAGAUGUGGGUCACUGCUGUAUUGUUUAUGUCAUGUGAUGUUUGAUGUGGAGUCUAUGUGGGUCGUUUACUGUAACACAACAUAUUUAAAGUUAUUUUUAUAUCUUCUGCUGUUUUCAAUGAGAAACAUUUUUAAAAUUCCAUAUUAAAUUAUGUUCUUUGCUUUUGUAUAUUAAAUAUUUUUUGAAAAACAGCAAUAAAGUGUAGCAUCUUCACAAACACAACGUUA